AUGAUUAGCAAUAAUGAACAACGUAAUAGAGAUUCUAGUGCCAAUGACAAUGUACCAUUUACUCCUAUAAUAGCACCUUUAUUAACUCCUGGAGGAACAAAAGAAUGGAUUCCAUCAUGCUCCAAUGAGUUAAAACCAGCUUUAGGGGUGAAGUUUAAUAACGUUGAUGAGGGUCUUGCAUUUUAUAAAGCUUAUGCAUAUGUUGCGGGAUUCAACACAAGGAAGUCUACCACUAGAACGGAAAAAGGAAGCAAAAAAUUGAAAAUGCAAUAUAUAUUAUGCAAUAAGGAGGGUUACAAAGAGAAGAGAAAGCCUAACGUUGAGAUAAAUUUAUAUGACAAAGAAAAAGAAAACAAUGAAAGAAAGGCUUCAAUCACAAGGAAGAGACUAGUCAUCCGUGUUGGAUGCAAAGCACACAUGGUGAAUAUUGGUCCCGUUACAACUUUUCGAAUGAUGAAGGAAAUUGUUGGAGGAUAUGAUAACAUUGGUGCAUCUAAGCAAGAUUUUAAAAUUUUUCAUAGAGAUUUAAAAGCGUACAUUCAAGGAAGUGAUGCUCAAAUAUUCAUGGAUAACUUUACCAACAAAAAGCUAAUGUGGAGCGCUUUUUUCUUUGAUUUUAAGAUGGAUGAAGAUUAUUGCCUCUGUAGAGCAUUGUGGGCAGCCCCCCUUUGUAAAAAGAGUUAUGCUCUAUUUGGUGAUAUGGUAUCCUUUGAUACCACAUACCAAACCUAUAGGUACAACAUGGUGUUUACUCCAUUUACAAGGGUUAACCAUCAUAAGAGCUACAUUACUUUUGCUGCUGGUUUCAUAGCAAAGGAUGUUAUUGUGUCAUUUGAGUGGUUGUUCAGAUCAUUUCUCAAGAAAGAAAAUGGAUUGGAAGUUGCAAAAGUAAGUGAAGGAAAUCGGAUUAGAACAUUUGAUGUUGUGUUUAAUCCAACUAACUAUGGCACCACAUGUUCUUGCAAGCUAUUUUAUAGACAAGGAAUUCCAUGUAGACAUAUGAUUUGGGUUUGGAAAGCAAAAAGGUUUGAAACCAUUCCUGAGCAGUACAUGCUACACAGAUGGACUACUAUGGCAAUGAAGAAACCAAUUUUUGACUUGGGAGGAAACCUGUUGGAGCAAUAUAUACACACUUGUGUAAGUUUGGCAGAAGGAAAAGAUGAAGAUAUUCAAGACCUUGUGAUAAAUCUUCAAGGAAUAAGAAAGGAUUUGGAGGCUAAGAGGAUUGCAAGAAAUAAUGAAACAGCAGCUGAAAGUGCAAACAACAAAGAACAAGACAUUGAACUGUUGAUUAGAGCUAGUGUGCAACUGAAAUAA